AGAAGCAGACUUUUAUUUACAAGAAGUCAAAAGAAGUUAUGUGACGUGGUGUAUGUUUUAUGAUGAAUGUGAAAUAUGAGAAUAUAAAAAACCAAAAAUGGCCGCAAAGUUGAACGUAAAUAUACGAACUUUGUUAAAUGAUUGUGAGGAAUUGGCUGCUGACAAAAGCAAUUAUUGGCGGUUACGAAAGUUCAUAAAAUCUUUGGAUAUAAUGAUACAGGAACUUAGCGACAUGGAUGAAAAUGAGAAAGUCCCAAUUUAUAACCGAAGAUUAGACAAUUUAAAGGCGAAAAUUAAUUAUAUAGAAAGUUCACCUCAAGCUAACAAUUUACAUGCUGUUCGACAAAGAGGAGCAGCUGCAGAAUCGGGGGAUGACGCUUUAAGAGAAAUACGUCAGUUGCAGGCUACGAAACAAUAUGCUGAAGAGCGUAGAGAAUUGUUGGAAGAAAGCGUACGUAAACGUAAACCUUUGCAGAACGAUAGCGGUGAACAAAGCGAAGCCGUCAAAUAUAUGCGUGAGAAUCAAAAAAAAAUCACAGAGCAUAUGUUGUCUUUAACGAGAAAUCUUAAGCAGCAAACAGUAACUGCCAAUCAAAUUAUCAAGAAAGAUACUGAAAUGGUUUCACAUUCCUCUGGUAUGGCAGAUCGUAACAUAGGAGCUUUGAAUAAAGAAACGGAGAAACUGGAGGAUCAUUCUCGUAACGCUUGGAAGUGUUGGAUGUGGAUGAUGAUAACAUUUGUUAUAGUAACAUUCAUAGGUAAAAAUUUCAUAAAUUUCCAAAGGAAGAAACUAAUAUCUUUGUGAAAUCUUGUUGCAGGCAUGGUUUUAUUUAUGAAAAUAGUGAAGAAAAAGAAAUAUUAGUAUCGAGUCGGGACUUGAAUAUGAAAGAUUGAAAAUGU